UGGCAACGACCGCAGCGCCCUCUACUAAGUAUAAAAUUAACGCGCAACGUUGAAGCAGUAGUCACUUCAGGUCUGCCUUUUGCCCCGUUCACGUGGUGUGCUAGAGGCUAAAACAAAAUGGCCGCGGAUCUCAGUGCUCGUGAUGUUGAGAGGGUGAAAUUCGCCUUCUCCAUCUAUGACUUCGAGGGUAAUGGCACCAUGGAUGCCUACUACAUUGGCGACUGCCUGCGUGCCCUUAACCUGAACCCGACCCUGGCCGUGAUCGAGAAGGUCGGUGGCAAGGAGAAGAGGAAGGAGAAGAUGAUUAAGCUCGACGAAUUCAUGCCCAUCUUCGCCCAGGUCAAGAAGGACAAGGAUGCCGGCUCCUUCGAAGAUUUCAUGGAAGUCCUGAAGCUUUACGACAAAGCUGAGAACGGCACCAUGAUGUAUGCUGAGCUUGAGCACAUCCUUCUGUCCCUUGGUGAGCGUCUUGAGAAGUCUGAGUUGGAGCCCGUCCUUAAGGAGUGCUGCCCCGAGGAAGACGAAGAAGGCUGCAUUCCCUACGAACCUUUCCUUGUGAAGCUCUGCAAAGACAUCAAGUAAAAAAAAGGACUGAUAUUCAAGCCCUUCCUCAAGAAGAUCACCCAACUGCUCUAAACGUCCGCCAUCUUCUUUUGUGACGUCAUCACCAGGGAGUGCACAUGCGUACAACACCACUACCAUUCGGAGUGUCCGCGCGUGCAGUGUACAAUCAUUCUGUGGGAGUGACCAAACCACAGACAGUACAUUAGUUCCAAAAAUAUGUUAAUAUAUAUUGCCAAAAUAUACGAAAAUCAUAGAAAGUGAUUCCUACGAAAAAAAUGGGAAACACAAGCUUAAACGAAAAAAAAAAUGUGAGGCACCCAUUACAUGCUCAUUAUGUCCUUCUUGUCCGUAUGUGUGUGUGUUCGUGCAGCGUCGGGUCCCAUGGAUCUGUUGAGCGUUUUUCUCUCAUCCACACGGGGUGUCAAAGGGCCGAGGCAUCCGUGACCGCCUCAUCAUGUAGACCUGAAGUGACCACUGAAUGAUCCGCAGUUAGCCACCUGCUCGCGCCUACCACCUGUCUGAAGCGGGGACUAACAGCCAUUGACGACAGAGCGGCCGCCUGCCCCACCCGCUUUCCAUCGUGAAGACCACCUCCAACCUCGGCGGGUGCGGGCAUCGGCGCAAGGGAAAGGAGGGGGGGGGGCGUUGGAACCCACCAUCACUCUUCUCCUUCCCCCCCCCUCCCUCUCCCGAUCCGGUCACGUGGUGCCUGAUCCGGCCCCUUGUGCCCAAUAGUGCCUCUGCGCCUCGCCCAACUCGUAGCGGCCAGGGGGAGUGCCACAGUCAGCCAGUGCGUCCAUCGAGUGAACGUACAAGGCCACACGUCAGUCAGUCAGUCAGUCCAAGAAGUCCGCUUAGCAUGGCAUCGUUACAAACUGCUGUCUGUUGGCACAUUGGUUAAGUAAUCUAUCGUCUCAAUAAAACAAAACAUCUCGACGACUUUUUCUUUGUAUUUCCUCCAUAGCCUACAUGGGGACUCUCCAGCGUGGAUAUGAGAUGAAGUAUGAAAGGUUUUAAUAAACAAAACCAUUUGCA